UAGCAGUGGGCUGUUAGCUGUUAGCAGUGGGCUGUUAGCUGUUAGCAGUGGGCUGUUAGCUGUUAGCAGUGAGCUGUGAGCAGUGAGCUGUGAGCCGUGAGCUGUGAGCCAUUAGUAGUGAGCUGCUAGCUGUGAGCUGUUAGCCGUGAGCUGCUAGCUGUGAGCUGUUAGCUGUGAGCUGUUAGCCGUGAGCUGCUAGCUGUUAACUUUUAGCAGUGAGCUGAUAGCUAUUAGCUGUUAGCUGGCUGGGGUGGCACGAGGGCACAGUUUGUAUCAUCCUGACCUCUUGUUAUUGUCUGUGUGGAUUUGAAUGUUCUCCAUGUUUUAGCAUGGACUUUCUCCAGGUUCUCUGGUCCUCUUCCAUAUCCAAAAGUACCUAAUUAGGCAGACUGGCAAGGCUAAAUUUCCCCUAGGUGUUGGAAGAAUUAAUGUGUUGUUGGUAUGGUGCGCUGUGAUGAACUGAUGACAAAUCUGGAGUUAAUAAAGUUCAAAUUCUUGCACCGUUUCUGCCAAGAGACAGAAUUAAUGCCCCAAAUGCAAAAAGUGCAGGGCAUAGAGGAUGUGCCCUGUCUUAACCGGAAUCCUGAUGCAUAUGUCACAGAGUGUUUGUGUUGUAAUGAUGAAGAUCAGCACACAGAGCGUACAUGGAUGAAGAUGUGCACAGUCAGACUGGUGGACUUCAGGAAAACCCAGGGUCUGGGUGCAACAAUAAUAUCAGAAGGAAAUCUUCAUACCGGAGGUGCAUCCAUCAAGUCACCUUGUGGUCAAGAGGAUGAAUGUACCGAUCAAGAAAAGCUUAUUAAAACAGAGAGCUUGAGAAUAGUUACGCUGGUAAAGAGUUCGUUUGCGUUACAUCGUGCGGGAAAACAUAUCGCUCUUCAUACACGGCAAAGGGUUGAUCAGUGCAGUAAGAGUUUCAGUGGUUCAUCAGACUUUACAAGACAUCAGGAAACACACAUAAGACAGAAGUCUCAUCGUUGCACACAGUGUGGAAAAGAGUUUUCGAAAAUAUCCUAUCUGCAAAGGCACCAGAAAAUUCACACAAGAUUCGGACCUUGUAGCUACUCUGAGUGUGGUGAGACGUUCACAGUGCACGAGCAAGUGCAUAAUGAAGAAAAGCCCUACAAGUGCAAACAGUGUGGAAAACACUUCUCAAGCUCAUUAGGUUUUCGGAGACACAAGACAAUACACAGUCAAGAGAAGCGUUAUCAGUGCUCUGAGUGCGGUAAACAGUUUGUGCAUCCGUCAACGUUAAGCCAUCACAAGAGGAUACAUACCCAAGAGAAAAGUUUUCACUGCUCGGAGUGCGGUAAACAGUUUGUACAGUCUUCGUCUCUUAAACAUCACAAGAGAAUACACACUGGGGAAAAACCGUACAAGUGUUCUCAGUGUAAUAAGGCUUUUCCUCAUUCUUCAGCUCUCGUAGUACACCGACGGCUACACAGUGGACAAAAGCCGUACCACUGUGACUUAUGUGGAAAACAGUUUUCACAAUCAACACAUCUGCGAACGCAUGAGAGAGUGCACAGCGGAGUAAAGCCUUACAUCUGUUCGCAUUGUGACAAAUCUUUCAGUCAGUCGUCUCAUCUUGCGGUUCACAAGCUAUUGCACACCGGACAGAAGCCGUACUGCUGCUCCACCUGUGGCAAAGGAUUUGCGACACCAGACUACCUUAAACUUCACCUGAGAAUUCAUACAGGUGAAAAGCCAUACAGGUGUUCUGUGUGUGGAUGGUCUUUCACUCAGUCCCACAGCCUCAAAGAGCAUCUGGGAAGACACUGGAGAGACGCCUUGCCGGUGUUGACGGCUCAGUAGGGCGUUCAGAGAGCUUGGCCAUUUUAAAUUCCAAAUACUUGAUGAACGAUACUUUAGUUGAACUGUCCUGGUCUUGAACGUACAACCAGUCACAUACGUCAUGUUUAUGUCUGGUAUAGUAAGUUUAAGACUUGGGGCACAAGCUGGGGCACAGUCUAGAUAGGAUGCCAGUCUAUCACAAGGCACAACAGCACACACACACUUACACACCCAUUCACAACCUACGGUCAAGUUAAAGAUGCCAAUCAGCCAACAAACAAUUUCUUUGGACCUUGGGAGAAAACCAGAAUAUGAGAAGGAAUCCACAGGGAGAACAUCCAAACUCCAUAUAGCCUUGAGCCACUGUGCCCCCUAAAUGAAUCAAAUUAUAAAUAGAAAUGUAUAAUAAGGAACCAUAUUAAGUAAUAAUUAUGUGAUAAAACUUCAUUGAGCCUUUUGUCUCCAAAGACUGAAUAAAUGUAGCAAGAUAUUAAAUUUUGGUUGUCACUUUACUUUUACUGUUCAAUAUAAUAGUUUUUUGA